AUGGCCACUAGUAUGGAGAAAGGCUUGGUUCGAAAAGACCCUCGAUGUCAGGACCGUCGAUGUCAGGACCCUCGAUGUCAGGACCCUCGAUGUCAGGACCCUCGUUGUCAGGACCCUCGUUGUCAGGACCCUCGUUGUCAGGACCCUCAGGGUCAGGACCCUCAGGGUCAGGACCCUCAGGGUCAGGACCCUCAGGGUCAGGACCCUCAGGGUCAGGACCCUCGAUGUAAGGACAGCUCGGUUCCGUCCAUUUGUGAGCCAUGCAAGAGAGGUUAUAGCGGUUUCGAAUAUUUGUCGACGGUCGAUAGCAGAACAGCAGACAGCAGAAUAGGAGAUGGUCGACUUACGGAUAUCCGACUUACGGACAGUCAGGCCGGUAGCAGGGACGACCUGACUAACUACCGCACAAAUAAAGGACAUACUCGGACGGAGACACGUACGGUGGACGCUAAAGGCUGUAUGGAAACCAAGGGCUACAGUAAAGAGUAUACCACCGGCCGCUUGGUAGGGGGCGAUAUGUCUUCUGGUUACGUUCCAAGUGGUCCCGUGGCGAGUACUAGCGUGGGCUACGACCGGAUACAAACUGUUUACGAAGCGAUUAGUCCGGAGAUGGCUUCCACAGGUGAGAGUGAAACUCUGCUGCCCUCGCCAGACGACUUCUUGCCUACUCGGUCUCGUGACGUGGUCCUCGCUCGAGAGACGUCCCGGACAAUGCUAGCGUCAAGAGGAGGUGUCGACGGUCGGUCUCGCAUGAGCGGGAGCACUAGUGCUCGCAGCGCGAGCGUUAUGAGCAGCGGACAUAGCACUAUAAGUAGUGGUCAAAGCGAGUCGAGUCGAGUCUUUAACGACUACGAACUAGAUAACGAUCGGCCGAUCCUUGUGAUAACGAGUUACUCUAGCAUUAGAUCUUGGUUGAAGUGCUGCAUCUGCGCAGAACCGUGUGCACACACGUGUGCUGAUAUUCGCGUAUGCACGGGCGACGAAAAGGACCGCUGGCGCGGCGUCUCGGACGCGCGAAUAUGGUUGGUUACGUACGGGCUUCUAAAUGCCCACGUGGACGUGUACACCCACUUACCGUGGGCCGCAGUGGUGCUUGAGAACAGCGACAGUAUUCCGGAUCCCUGCAGCCGAACCAUGCGGAACGUUCUAAAGCUGAGGUGCUGUCAGUGGUUUACCGUGAACAAGAAGCGUCUCGACCCCCUGGAUUCUCGGCUGUUAGAGUCUAGGUUUGUGGAGUCGCGACUUUUGGAACUAGGAUUGCUCGAGACGGGGCUGGUAGAGUCCGAGGCGCGAGACGAGAGGACCCUACUCGACGCUCGCGGAUCGGGUGAGCACUUGGGGAUGUCAUGGCGAGUGAUUCACCGUGAGGCUUUGUUGUUGCACCGAGCAACGAAUGCAACAAGUACCGAGACGAGUGCGCCGCACAUUUUGCCUGAAGGUUGUUCCUUCUACCGCCUCAUGGAGCCGGGUGUGGGUUGUGAUGGGGCUGAGGAGAUCCAUUUAGGUUGCGAGAAGAUACUGGACUUGUUUUUUCAUUGGCGCGAGACGGCUAGGAUGCCGAAAGAGGAUUUGCUUUCAGGAAUUAAGAUAACGAUCCCCUUGUUAGUUAAUGGGUUAUGGGUGGUACGUGCGACACCGUGUCUGCAGGACCAGUACAUGUUGCGCAUCUUGGCCAAGAACGUGAAGGAAGAGAAGCUGGAAGAAUCUAUUGCCGAUUAUUUCAAGGCAACUUAUCCCCCGCUUUACUUUGCGUCGCUCAAGUGUGUGAUCUGUCAUAGCAAUAAUGCAGAUGCUUUCAUGCUGUGCUGUGACUCCCUCUACCAUCGGGACUGUCUCUUGGCGGAGCUAAAUUAUGAGAUGGAAUGCCCCCAUUGUGGCAGCCCCAUUACUCCCGACCAGCCUCAAAGAGUCUACGGUUCUGACUUAGUUCGGGGCUACAGCGCUACAGAACGCGUCUGUGAAGACCCAGAAGACCUGCACCGCAGGUCCUCGGCCACCGGUGGUCCUUGUCGCUCCGCUGUUGACCUCUGCGAGAAAAACUUUCCCCACAGGUCAGGCAGGACUAAAAGCCAUCAGAACUUCAACCGAGAAUGUACGGGCCGUCGGUCACAGCCGGACCGGAUGCAGACUAUUCAGAACGAUGAAGAUCGAGGCUACAGAGCAAAGCGGAAAGAACGUUUUCUGGAUGAUGACCGGCUAGGAAGCGAGUACACGACCAGGUGCUAUUUCGGCUUGGCCGAGGACCGUUACGAUAAAGAUCGCUACGACAAAGACAGACGUAGUAACCAAUUGGGUAACCAAUUGGGUAACCAAUUGGGUAACCAAUUUGGUAACCAGUUGGUGGGGCGGCGACUGGUAAGUGGUCGUGCAGACAAGAUCCGGAGUAAGCUUAGCGAACCGAAUGUGUAUGUUCUAAUUGACCCACAACAUGGUGUGUGGUCGCAUGAUUGGAACUGUCAGUUGACAAGACAGACCAUAACGACUGCAGUGCAAAGAGUUCUGUCUCGCGAUACCGUCAUUUAUUCAGCAAGAAUUCAUGAAGGUGAAUCGUUGUCCGAUGACCUCAUAUCGCGAGCCAGACCUCUCGAACCGCUCGAAACCAACGGAGCGACUGGGGGAUAUAACAUCGGUGGGUCGACCGGGACAUACGGAGGCGGUGCGUACAACAUGAGUGGAACGUACAGACAUGAUGGCGAUAACACACGCAUCUAUUUGUGGUUUAUUACUCAAGACACACCAAUCCAGCUUACGACCGAUUCCAACACCAAACAUGUCAUCGUCAUUCUCGCAGCGGAUAGCGAUACCUUUGACUACCAACCUGCAUUGCCGGCCAUCGAACUCAUGUACCAUUGCCACUUCUAA